AUGUAUAGGAAUAACCAGGACACUCCGAAGGUGAACAUCGUGGCUACCAAUUAUGGCUCUCGUUAUGGUACCUCAGUCUACAAGAACCUAUAUGGUGAGUCCUCUGCGAGUCACAAGUCGUUACAUGGAUUAGAUUCAAGAAGAACCCCCGUCAAUAGAGGUGGGAGAUCCAUUAGUAGGAGCGGUACUCCUAUCAGUAAUAAAUCUUCUUCAACACCAACUAAACCUAAGAAGGCUUUAGAGGAGAAAAUGGUUGGUAAGAUAUCGUUGGAGAGACCAGAGAGAACAUCCUUAGAUAAUGCUACCAUCAAAUCGGAAUCAUCUAAGAAGUCUAAGAUAAGAAGAAAAUACAAGUCGUUGUUGAGCUCUUCUUCAAAGAAAUUAAUCAAUAAGAUUUACGAUCACCAUCCAGCCUCUGAUACUUUCUCCAUCUUUUCCAAUAUUACUUCACAUUCUCAUACUAGUAAAAAUACCGAACCAACCGUGAAGAAAGAACCAAUCACUUUUAAUAUUAGUGAAACCCCACUUGCUACAUUUAAUGAGUUACCAGUGGAAAUAAUUGCUUAUAUUUUAUCCACCAUUCAAACGGAACAAAGAACUUUGAUUAGUUGUCUUUAUGUGAAUAAGAAGGUGUAUGCUGCUUCAAAAUUGGUCUUAUAUGAAAAGCCAUACUUUACCUCUACGUAUAGAGUUGCUCAAUUUGUGACUUCAAUUAGGUUACAUCCGGAGAAUGGUACAUAUGUCAAAUCUCUAGAUUUAUCUAAAUUGAAAUCUGGAUUGAUCACUGCGGAAACUGAAAAUGGGAACACCACAGCUGCUACCGCAGAUGAAACAGGAGCAACAACUCCUGGAAACGCAGCCGAAAGUAAUUUUCCAACGUUAACGACAACACAAACACAAGGUACCACAAAUUCCUCCUCUCCAGUCAAUGACGAACUAAAACAGGAUCUUGCCUAUGCCAGUUGGAGAGAUUGGAGAUAUAGAAAUGAACCAUUGUACAGUUCUCCUUUACUAAGUACUUUCAAUUUGAAAAGGGUUAAUUCACGUUCUUCGUCAAUCCAUUCCAAUUCAUCUGGUUUGACAAAUUCUGGGAAUAAUGCCAGAAGACACCGUUCUAACAGUUCCGUUUCAUCAUUUACUAGUUCAAUUAUGUCAUCGCUUUACACAACACCACAUAUCUCAUUAUCAACUACUACUUCAAGUGGCCAAAACAACUCGUCUCCUAACUCAUCUACAUUUACCUCUUUAUCCAGAAAACGUAGUCCCAAUCCAUCUGAAGGUGUAACGACAAAAAAAGUAGCAAAUAGAGACAAUAAUAGUAACAAAUCAACCUCAAGUAAUUCCCGGUGGUUUAAUAAAAGAUUGAGUUCAAGACAGAAGAAGGGUAUCGUAGCACCCAAACCAACAAAAAAUGUACCUAAACCAAUCAUUUCUACUGAUGAUAGUGACCUCAGUAGUGCUUUACCGAAGAAUAGACAAAUUAAGAUCCGAAUUGAAGAACCAUUCAGAACACGCCAUCCAUACACUAAUAAAUUUCUCUUAAAGUAUGCUCCCUAUCGAGAUUUACCAUUGGGUUACAUUCUUCAUUUAUUGAAGAACUGCCCCAAUUUAAAUGAUUUGAAUUUAUCCAAUUUGGUCAUCUGUUCUGAUUUUGAAUUGAUCGAUAACCCCAACAAGAAGGGAAAGAGAAGACCAAGUUCAUCGUUACUACUAUCUACUGUUCAAGAGGGGAUAUCUGACAAAUCAAACAAUUUGGAUAUCGUGUAUAUGACUGAUUCAAGUAAAAAUUACGACUAUUAUGAAAACUUGGCAAAGCAAGGCAAUGAAAGAAGGUCAUCUGUAUUGAGUAAUAACCCUGAUACUUGGAUGAAAGGAAACUCAAAUUGGCAUGAUUACCCAUUACCGAUUGAUAGUCAAACAAGAUAUAGGGAAGAGCAUAAGCGUAACAAUAUUGGCAACAGCACCAUGCAAUUAAGAAAAUUAAACCCUUGCGAAAUUUUUGCUACUAUUUCCAAGACACAUAACCAAAAUGGUAAUAAUUUGAAGAACAUUAAGAUGGAUGGUGUGGUCUGGUGUAGACAGUAUAUGGUCAAGUACUUUAUUCUAAAUGCAUUGCAAAAACUAAAUCGCGACGAAAUCAAUAAGCAGAUUGACAACAAUGAAGUAAUGCAAUUUAGUUUUGAAAACUCAGGUUUGAACACAAAUUUUGCCUGGGCUUGUAAUGGGAACUUAUUCGAUUUUGUCUGCUUAAUAGCGUUAGACGAAGUUGCCAAACGCGAUGAUUUAGGACUGGAAGAAUUAUUCAGCAUUAAGAAGGAAAGAUUAUUUUAUAAGUCGAAUCUUGUGAGGGAUCCUGACGUGAUGGAUGUAUCUGAGAUUUUCGAUGUUGAGUAUGGUGCCACAACGGAAGAACAGAAAAAAAUAAAUUUCAGAUUAACUAUUUUGAGAGGAGAGGGAGAAACAAGAUUCAGAGUUAGAAAACUUUCGUCUUCCCAUGUUUCUCUGGUGAUUAACCUGAGUACAACGAUGGACGUAGACAAACCAAUUCCAGAAAACCAAAAGAGAAUUCAUAACUUAACGACUCAAAUUGUUGGCAGAUUGCGUGAAUUGAGAAGCGAUGACUUAAGAAGAAAUGUUGGUGAGAACAACUAUAUUAGAGAAAGAGUAAUCUAA